CCGGGCUGGCCGCCAUGGCGGCGCUGGCAGAGUCUGGCUCCGAGGCCGCCCCGGGCGCUCGGUUCUUCUGUACAGCCGGCCGCGGCCUGGAGCCGUUCCUGAUCCGGGAGGUGCGCGCGCGGCUGGAGGCCACGCAGGUUGAAUAUAUUUCAGGAAAAGUCUUUUUCACCACUUAUUCAGAUUUGACCACGAUGAAGAAGUUAAAGUCGGCGGAAAGACUGUUUCUGUUGAUUAAGAAGCAGCUUCCAUUUUCAGCCUCCUCUCUAAGGAAAGGAAAAGUACUUAAUGAAAUGCAAAGACUUAUCAGUGAUAAUCCAGGAAGCUGGCUGAAUGCCAUUUCACUUUGGAAAAACCUUCUUGAACAUGAUGCAGAAAAGGAAAAUCCUUCUCAAAGGGAUGCAAACCCACUAAAAAGAAAAGUGGGGAGAAAUGAAAUCACCAUUGCUAAGAAACUAAAAGUAGAUGAGAUGCAAAUGGGUGAAGAGAAUCAUGGGGAAAGCCAGCCGGAAAAGGGAAGAGAAGACUCACCAGAGCCGGAGUCUAAUGGUUGGAAAGGAAAACAAGAACCAGAGAUCCAGAGUACCAUGGACAAAGCAUUUGAUACUCAGAACCAGGAGGACUUGACUUUCAGGGUUUCCUGUCGCUGUAGUGGAAGUGUUGCAAAGGCCUUCACUGCACAGGAGGUAGGAAGAGUAAUUGGAAUUGCUCUUAUGAAGCAGUUUGGAUGGAAAGCAGAUUUGAGAAAUCCAAAUUUAGAGAUCUUUGUACAUCUAAGUGACAUUUACUCACUGGUGGGGAUUCCUAUGUUCAGAGUUCCUUUAGCCAGCAGAACUUACAUCCAGACAGCUGGGCUGCGGUCAACCAUAGCGUGGGCCAUGGCAUCUACUGCAGAAAUUAAGGCCGGCGCGUUUGUUUUAGAUCCAAUGUGUGGACUUGGAACGAUACUUGUGGAAGCUGCCAAAGAAUGGCCAGAUGUGUACUAUGUGGGUGCUGAUGUCAGCGACUCCCAGUUACUUGGAGCAUGUGAUAAUCUGAAUGCUGCAGGCCUGAAGGAUAGGAUUGAGUUACUGAAAGUCUCUGUUACAGAAUUACCAUGGCCUUCAGAAAGCGUUGAUAUUAUUAUUUCUGACAUUCCAUUUGGGAAAAAAUUCAAGUUAGGAAAAGACAUCAAAAGCAUUCUCCAAGAAAUGGAAAGAGUGUUGCAUGUUGGUGGAACCAUGGUAUUGUUGCUCAGUGAAGCUCACCACAGGUGCCUCAGAAGCCUCGGAGAUGGCAGCAUCCCUCUUAGUUCUGAGGGCAGCCACACCACUGACCUUGAAAUGAAGACGUUCUUGAAUCCUGACAAAGCAACUGACUCACCAGAGGCAGUGUCGUCUACACAUGAAGCAGGGACUCAGCCAUGUGCAGACAAAAUGUCACCCUUUGGUUCAUUGGUGCCAGUGGAAUGCUUCAGAGUUAGCCUCGGAAAAACAGAUGCAUUCAUAUGUAAAUAUAAGAAGGCACAGGCUUCAGGACUGCCUCUGACUGGAUGCGGUGAGCCCAGUGCACAUCCUGCGCCUUCAUCUGCCAUACGGGAAUCACCCUGUCUCCAGAAUUCCUUAAGCCCCAGAGCCCCAGGGGAGCAGCCUCUGAGGACAGGCAUGUCUAGGAACACCCUUCUGAGAGUCCCUGCUUUAUACUCUCCAGUGCUCAGUGUUCUUGACAGAGACCAAGGUGGGUGUGUUAGGAAGACUCCAGUUUUGUGUUGGUUAGUAUGAAAACUAUUUCACCCCAGAAAUCCAACUUAGAAAUGAAGAAACCCUUUUAUAUAACUUUUUUAUAUAUUGAACUUGAUUUUUUUUAACCUAUAAUUUGCUUCUCUGUUGGAAUGAAAAUUAUUUUUAUUUUCCAUACAUUUUAUAUGACUCAUAUUUUAUAAAACAUCAGAGUAAGGACAAUAUGAAUUAAUCUGGAAUCCUUCAGAAAAUGAAGUUUGCUUUUUUAAGAUUUUUAUUUUAUGUGUAUGUGUGAGUCCCUGCAUCUUGAAUGUGAAUCACAUUCAUGCCUGGUGCCCACUGAUGUAGGCCAGAAGAGGGUGCUGGAUCCCCUGGAAUUGUAAUUACUGGUGAUUGUGGCCCAUCAUAUAGGUGCUGGGAACUGAACCCAAGUCCUCUGCAAGAGCAGCACGUACUCUUAACCUCUAAGCCAUGUCCCCAGCUCCUGAAAUUUGGUUUUUAAGAAGCAUUAAUAAAUUCCCCCUACCCUCCUUUGUAGAAAUUCAGUUCUUGUGUUUGCUAGCUGAGAAAGAAAAAUAGGAAGAUGAUGAACACAUUUUCUUACUUGGUCUUUUUUUCAGUACCCUGAUAAAUAACUCAACUUUUGGCAAGUUUGAUAACAUUUGAACAACCUUCCUAUGUUUAGGAAUUUCCCACUUUGUGAUUCUUAUCUCCUCCACAAGUUGCCUUCUAAGCAGGGCAUGGUAUUUAUUCUGUGUGAAGGUACAUUGACUAGUGUAAGCUGUAACAAAGUGGUCUUUGCCAGAAUGUUCCUGUCCCAAAGUUUCAGCUAUGCUCCAGGCUAGAGAGCAUCUAGUUUGGCUCUAUGGCCAUACAGCAUACUACGGACCUACUGGAUACCAAGGCACAUCGUAUUGGCUCAGUGUAGGCUCAGUCUGUCAUGGCAGGGAAGGUGUGGUGGCAGGUCACAUCAUGUCCAGACUCAGGAAGUAGAAAGCAGUGUGUGCUCGUGUUCAGCUGGCUUUCUAUUUCCAUUCAGUCCAGGUCCCCAGCCCUUGAAAUGGUGCCAGCCUACACUUGGGACGGGUCUUCCCACCUCAAUUAACCUCAUGGAGAAACUCCCCCACAGAGAAGCCUAAGGGUUUGUUUUUGUGGUGAUUAUAAAUCCCAUCAAGAUGACAAGAUUAAUCAUCAUCACAGCACUGGUUUAAGCUUGAGGCACAUCGAUGACCCAGAGACCCUGCCCUCAUUGAAUUUGAACAUUCAGUAGGGGAGAAAGACAAGAACAACAGACGCUUUAUUUGCUACAUUAGAAAGUGAUAUCUGAGGGGAUGGGAAAGCAGGGUAAAGUGGUUGUGGAGGACAGGAGGCUGGAUUUUACAUUUGUGUGUGUGUGUGUGUGUGUGUGUGUGUGUGUGUGUGUGUUUGCAUAUGUGGUGACUUAUGUGUGCACAUGCAUAUAGAGGCCCAAAUCUGAUGCUGGGAAUCUUCUCAGACUCUCCACCUUUACUCUUUUUGAAGCAGCCUCCAUCAAACCCAGAGCUUCGCCAUUAUAGCUAGUCUGACUAACCAACUUGCUCUAGGGAUCCUCAGUCUCCACUUUCUAGGACUGGAAUUACAGACACGCUGCUGUGCCCACCCAGUGUUUACGUAGAUUCUGGAGAUCCGAACUCUGGUCAUUGCUUCUAUAGCAAGCCCUUUAAGCACUGAGCCAUCUCUCCAGCCUCUAUUUUACAUUUUUAAAUAGACUAGGUCUCACUGAAAUUGUGAGAUUUGAGUAAAUAUUUAAAGGAGAUAGAGGGAUAUUCCAGACCGAAGAAAUAGCUAGGGCCUCUGCAAGAGGCAGGAGAGUGCCUGUCGUGUUUGACGAACAGCAGAGGAUAAAGGCACCUGGAGCAGAGUGACUGGACACCAGGUUGCUGGAGGACUGUUGGGGGCAUGGGCUAAAUCAGACAAGGGAGAGCGCCACAGCUGGCUUUUAUACGAAAGGAGUUCUCACCAGGUAACAAUAACAUUUUAAAGAGCUCUCUGUUAACUGUGUGGCAAAUUGUUUAUAGGCAGGAAAUGGUCGGAAGUAGAAAAAUUGCUUAUGUGGGUUUUUGUUUGUUUUGGGGUUCUUUGUAGUUUCUGUUUGAGAAGGUAGCCUGGGCUUACCUCCAACAGGUGAGGCUCCUGCAUCUCCAGAAUGCUGAGAUAACUAGUAAGCACCUGGCUAGCUAGGAGGUUUGGGUGUAAUUCAAGAAGAAAAAAAAAAAAAAAAAAA